AUGCCCAACGGGAUCAUUGGCACUGGCUACGGCUUCCUUCCACUCCCUGCAGAUGGCGAGAAAAAGCUCACAAUAUCUGUUGACUUUGACUUGCGCUACUCUCCAGCAGGGUUCCAUGGCGUCUUGACCCACUCUCCACCGGAUCUAUCCACUUCACGGUUGACCGGAAAGCCCUCGAUUCUCCACCAAUCGUUCUACAUGCUAGGGCGCCUUAAAUACUUGAAGGAUUACGAAAACAAUCAUGGUGAAAAGGUGGCGAGAGAGACGAAGCAAAUUUUCGAGUACAUGUGUGACUUUUUCCAGUGUUCUGGAGAGUCAUAUCGAAUCUUCUUUCGGGAAGACCCCUACUACGUUGUCCGCAGUGGUCUCGCGCAGCCCGGAGGCUUCCUAAUCUCCUUUGGCCUUUUGUUGAAGCAAGCUGGCUGGGCCCUCGACUCUUUCACCACACUAUUCGCUCACGAGAUGACGCACAACUUUGCGAAUCCUGCCGAGGGUGAGGAUAUUGCCAAUGGUGCGCAGUGGUAUGCCGAGGGUUUGGCAGAGUAUUACUCCAUCUUUGCACGCCACCGACUGGGCUUGCUCGAUGAGCACGGCGUCGGGGACGAGAUGAACUACCGAGCCCAAGCCUACUACACUAGCCCCUUAGCAACAUUGUCGAACGAAGAGGUGAACAAGCUUACAUGGAAGACGCAAAACGCCCAGCGUUUGCCGUACUCGCGCGGUCUCGUCUUCUGGGUCCGUCUGGAAGCGCUUGUCCGCGAAACUUCUAGUGGGCAUCGCGGCAUCGACGAGUUGGUCGUAGAGAUAGUGCAACUUGCCAAAACGCGUGGAAAGCCUCCAACCCUUGCCGAGUUCCUCGGUCGGCUGGACCAGGAGCUCGGUCCUGUAGCUCGCCAGGAAUAUGAGCACCAUAACUCCGGCAAGCUGAUUAUUCCCCCUAAGCGCAGCCUGAUACCUGGAGCUGUUGCCGUCCGUAUUGACAUGGAGCCUUUCGAACUUGGAUUUAACGAGGAGAGUUUGUUGCAGGGACCUAGAAUCGUGAGAGGUCUGCGAUCGGACUCGAGAGCUGCAAACGCUGGAAUCCUGGAUGGAGAUCUCCUUACGUCCUGGGUAGAUCUAAAUCACUGCAAAGAUCACCUCGAGUCUGAGAUGAAACUGAGAAUAGAGAGAAAGACAGCAGAUUCAGAGGUGUCUCAAGAGCUUGACAUCACGUUUUGGCCCCGGGCAUACACAAAGGUCGAGGGCUGGGAGUGGACUUUGGUUAAUGCAAAGGAUUGA